ACAAGACCUCCUGAAGCGACAACUUGCCGUACACGAAGAAGCUGCUCUACAAAUCCGGAGAGAGCUCAAUAGCUUUGCUUACAUCUCACGUCUCCCAACGGAAAUACUCUCAACGAUAUUCCAGUACUGUCCUUGCUUCGACCCAGUUCAGCAUAGCCAGGCUAUCUCCCGUACCUGGACCGUUGUCUUGCACGUCUGCCAAAGGUAGCGGCAGACUGCGAUUCACAUACCCUCUCUAUGGACUACACUUGCUCUUCUCGCUCCCCUGGGCUUUGUUGACGCAGCCCUUGAGCACUCGAAAGGGUUCUUGUUGCAUGUUUCGAUCCACCCAUGCGGCCCUUGGUCGCCGAAUUCUCCUCAGUCUCGGAUGGUCUCCUCCCAGAUGCCGAGGAUCCUUUCUCUACAGUGGUAUUCACGCUCGUAUAUGACAGAAUUUUUCCCUUUAGAUGUCGCUUUCCCCCAGUGCCAUACCUUCCAGGUGGGGCAUAUCUACGACUCCACUGGAGUUUUCAGCUGGGACGUACUAUCUCCACGUGCUAGUGAGAGGUUAUACAGUGGUACUAGUCAUGGGCAUCGUUGGGACAUUCUCAGAUUUGUGAAAUCGCUAUCGUCGCUCAGGCACCUCACAAUUGCUUCCUACAAUGUCUCCGGCAUUCAUUUGUCUCGCCCAUACGACGUCCUGCAAGCUCUCGCACCGCUUCAAGCACUCGAAACACUCAGAUUGGCCGGUUCAAGUCGAGGAAACGGUCCGCAUGAGAUCCCCACACAAGUCUCGCUCCCCAGGCUACGUAGCCUGGUUUUGUCCGGGGCAUUCCGCUGGUGCAUCAAACUACUCGCGCAGUUGGAUAUUCCGACGACCACAAGUGUUAGGGUCAUCGAAGUGUUCUUCACCAAUUUCGUGGCACAAGACCUCCUCCCCGUACUCCCGAAGAUUAUCGGCGUCGAAAAGGAUAGCUCUGCACCCAUUUUGAGCAUUACAAUACAUGGCAAGGCCGAUCAGUUUGCAAACGUAAUCGUCUCCGGAUGGAAGCUCCUGGAGUCCGUUCUGGACCACCGCUCACUUCCUGACUUCUCCCUCGCGCUUCCCGGUUAUGAUGCAACGCUCGACGGCGUGCUCGACAAUCUACCAUUCGGGGAAGUACGCUCGCUUUUCGUGCACGGCAGCGCGUUUUACUUCGUUUCGUCGUGGUCUGUACGCUUGGAACGCAACUUCGGCAACGUUGAAGAGUUGCGAAUAGGUGGCCACUGUGACCUUUACGUGUUUCACAAGAUGCUGCGCGAAGGCACUCUACCGCGACCGCACACACACCAGCUGGACGAUGUUGAACGCUCGCACUGCCCGAGACCCGUGCUGACCCGCGGCUGCAAGCACGCGGACUGCUUCCACUUCUUGAAGCACAUCUUGCAGAAGCGUUCUGCGUUAGGGCGGCGCAUCUCGCGGCUCAUCCUGAAGACGAAAGCACCUCUUGCGCCUCCUCACCUGGCAGCGUUCUCAGCAGUCGUUGGGGAAGUUGUCCAGCGCCAAUUACCUGCUGAUGGAGCCGUGCCUAUGCUGCCGCUAUCGGGCGAUGACCAGGAGAGGGAGAGCGAGCCGUACAGCUCCGAUUCUACGGAGUUCGACUCUGAAGAGGAAUGAAGAUACGCACAUGGACGAGGACUUGAUAUCUUACUGCCCGGUAGCAUGUAGUGCUUUCUGCGCAUCUUUAUCUUCAUCUCCAGUCUCUGAUUCUUAUUUUUGCAUAAAACCAACAUCGUCCGUUCUAAUCGAUGUAGACAAGCACUAUACAGACUUGUGGCGA